GUAACAACCAGCACCCAAAGAGAGAGCAGAGGCGGAUGGAUGGAGGCUGAUUUUGAGGGGUUUUUUUUCUCUCCAUUGUGCUAAACUUCCACUUUGAAUUUAACACCAGUGGAAAAGGCAUCUCAACCCAGAUGAGUCUAGACCCCAUCGCGUCACAGACAGAUUACCUUCCAGGCAGUUGCGCUUGUGAACUUGUAGGUUUUCUCAGUUUGAUUUUGCUUGGGGACAGCAGGCAGUGUGCAUUGGUGCACUGUGCACACAUUCCUACAGACACUCUCUCCCCUUCCCUUUUCUUGUUUUUAAAUUAAGCAGAGUCUUUUCGAAGCAGGGGACAUCGCAUAUUUAAAAUGUCCAUCACCAACACGCCAACAAGCAACGAUGCUUGUUUGAGCAUCGUUCACAGCCUCAUGUGCCACAGGCAGGGUGGGGAGAGCGAGACCUUUGCCAAAAGGGCCAUUGAGAGCCUGGUGAAGAAGCUUAAAGAAAAGAAGGAUGAGCUGGACUCCCUCAUCACGGCUAUCACCACCAACGGAGCUCAUCCCAGCAAGUGUGUCACCAUACAGAGGACACUGGAUGGGAGGCUGCAGGUUGCUGGUCGCAAAGGGUUUCCCCAUGUUAUCUAUGCUCGUCUCUGGAGGUGGCCUGAUCUUCACAAAAAUGAAUUGAAACACGUCAAAUACUGUCAGUAUGCCUUUGACCUGAAAUGUGACAAUGUCUGUGUGAACCCUUACCACUACGAACGGGUUGUGUCACCUGGCAUAGACCUUUCAGGAUUGACAUUACAAAGUUCUGCUACCUCAGGCCUUCUAGUGAAAGAUGAGUUUCAUGAGUAUGUGGAGGGGCCGCAGUCCCUGCCCAGUGAAGGGCACUUGAUUCAGACAAUUCAACACCAGCCAAGCAGCCGGCCUGCCACUGAGGCCUACAACACACCAGCCAUGCUACCGCCUUCAGAAUCCAGUAGUUCCAGCUCCACCAGCUUUCCCAGCAUUCCUGUGGCUUCUUCAAGCCAGUCCAGCACUAUGUUACCAGGAAGCCACAGUGAUGGACUUCUUCAGAUUGCUUCUGCUGCUCAGCCUGGAUCACAGCAAAAUGGUUUCCAGGCACAGCCUGCUACUUACCACCACAACCCAACUUUAACCUGGUCAGGAAGCAGGACAGUAACAUAUACUCCCAACAUGCCCCACAACCAGAAUGGGCAUCUCCAGCACCACCCGCCCAUGCAACAUCCAGGGCACUAUUUCUCUUCUUUUCCAGGGCAAGUGCACAAUGAACUUGCUUUCCAACCACCAAUAUCUAACCAUCCAGCUCCUGAGUACUGGUGCUCGAUUGCUUAUUUUGAGAUGGAUGUUCAGGUGGGGGAGACCUUCAAGGUGCCUUCAACCUGCCCCAUAGUCACUGUGGACGGCUAUGUAGAUCCAUCUGGAGGAGAUCGGUUUUGUCUGGGUCAGCUGUCCAACGUUCACAGGACAGAAGCCAUCGAGAGAGCCAGGUUGCACAUUGGAAAAGGUGUACAGUUGGAGUGUAAAGGAGAAGGAGAUGUCUGGGUCAGGUGCCUCAGUGAUCACGCUGUUUUUGUCCAGAGCUACUACUUGGAUAGGGAGGCUGGCCGAGCACCUGGGGAUGCAGUUCACAAAAUUUAUCCAAGCGCGUAUAUAAAGGUGUUUGACUUGCGGCAGUGCCAUCGGCAGAUGCAACAGCAAGCUGCCACAGCGCAGGCUGCAGCUGCUGCUCAGGCUGCAGCAGUGGCUGGUAAUAUCCCUGGACCGGGAUCUGUUGGGGGAAUCGCUCCAGCUAUCAGUCUGUCUGCUGCUGCUGGGAUCGGCGUGGACGACUUGCGGCGGUUGUGCAUCCUCCGAAUGAGCUUUGUCAAAGGCUGGGGGCCAGACUACCCACGACAGAGCAUCAAGGAGACCCCGUGCUGGAUCGAGAUUCACCUGCACCGUGCCCUGCAGCUUCUAGAUGAGGUUCUGCACACCAUGCCCAUCGCAGACCCGCAGCCUCUGGACUGAGCCCUGCCGAGCCCGCAGGAUGCAGGAGCCAGUUAGAACAGACUUCUACAAAUUUAUGUCGUAACAAAAUGACGUAUUCAGUCUUCGAUCUCCAUAGUCCUUUAGGACAAACUGAAGCUGCAAGUAGAAAUUACAAUAUUUUGAGCUUUGGUUUCAGGCUCUUGCUGUUUUCCUUCACACGUAUCAUGUGAACAGGGCCUUGCUGUUUGUCUUACUCUUACAAGACACUGGAACAAAUAGGAAGACGCAAGCAUUGAUGCAAUAGAAAUGACACCCUGCAACAAGCUCAUCAGUGUUUCAACUUAGAGCACUGUUUUUUAUUUAGAUUUUGAUUUUUUUUUUUUUUUUUUUUUUUAAAUAAACAACCGCUAUUUUAGCACUUAAAUUUUUGUUUUGUUUUGUUUAGAUUUAAUAGAUAUGCUGAAGAGUUGUGUGCAUCUUUUGACUUGUGGAUCUGGUGGGUUUCGUCACCAAAAGUUGAUCUAUGCACACAUGUUGAGCAACAGGUUUAGAUAAAAAAGGAAAAUCGAUAUAGUGACUAUUUUCCAGCACACAAAAAAUACUGAUUCUAUUUUAACACUAAUGACUAAAAAAAUCUAAAACUAUAUUCUGUUUUUGACUUUUCUAAUAUACUUUUUGUUUUUGUUUUUAUUUAUUUUUUUAUCAUAAAGCAAAGUGCAGUAAUGGUGGGUGCGCAGGUACCUAGUAUUUCAUGGUUUAGAAGGGUGUAUUUUGGGGGUACAGAUAUCUUCACAAUUAGGCGAAUAUCAACUACUGCUUUGUAAAUUACAUUUUUAAUGCAUGUGAAUGUUACAAUAAACUAUCGUAAUACACAUUUAGAGAUACCAGACUUCCUUUUUAAAAUGAACCCCAAAAUCUCUUCCUUUUUAUACAAAAACAGUAAAAGGUAUUAACUUAACCAGAGUGGAUCCACACUCAAUUAAAUUCUUUUAUAUGCUUGUAUUCAUUUUUGCAUCCUUGAAGAUUGUCACGGUUUCUGUGUUUUGGUUUUUAAUAAGUCCUGAGUUGCGUUUUGAUGGGCUGAUCCCACAAACUUUAAAAUGAUCCUUGCUACUGUUUUGUAUAGAUGCCACUAGGAGCUCCUUCAGAUUGAAAAGGUUAUUUUUGAAAUUUAAGGGCUGUAGUUACAGAUAUCUCCCUUUCACCUUCUGACUCUUGUUAAUCGAUUGAUUUAAGAAGAAAAAAAAUUAUCAAGUUAGAAAGCAGUGCAUUUAAAUGUUUAAUAUUGAAACCAUCAAAUAUGUAUAUUGAGCUUUCUGUGGGAAUAUAUAAAUGCAUGUUUUCCUUGUAUUUGACUGGUGCUCCCUCUUUUAACCACCUAACUUGAGAGACUAUAUAUGUGUUAACUUCAUUUGUGGUGGCUUUCUAUGCCAGAUUUGUUUUGGUUAGUUUAUUUUUUGUGUGUUUUGUUUUCCUGGAGGAAACCGUUCCCUUUUCACUAUUUUGACUAAGAUUUUUAUUUUAUUUUUUGGUCGUCAACAUUGCGACCUUCAAGACAAAAUGUUAAAAGCAACCAAAUUUAAAUUGUGAGUCAUUUCUUACAAGGUCUGAAUGAGAUCAUAGUGUAUCAAAAUAACCAUUUUUAUGUUUAAUGCUGGUUAGAAGGUAAAAUGUCCAGCUAUGGCCAAAAGUUUUACAUCAUAU